AUGAAACAGUGGUCUGGAUGCUUGCUCACAAUCGUGCUUAUGUGUUGUUUCGUCAUUGGCUUGGAUGAAAAGGAAAUGCGAAUUAGAGAAGCUGUGAUAAAUAAGCAGAAAGUGUAUCUUUAUUUUAUUGAGAAGUAUCUAAGUGCUGGAAAUUGGUCUUAUUUUGAAUUAAGGUGGGCAGGCCCGAUUCGGGUCAUUCUUGUUUCUACCACUGGUGACGCUGAUCUCUAUCUUUCUUCCACGAAGAAGCAUCCUGGAUAUGAUCUCGAUGAAUAUGAAAUGCUGUCAACCACAUGCGGUGUAGACGUCGUAGAUGUACCACAAAUAAUGCAGAGACCCGUCUAUGUUGGUGUUUAUGGACAUCCUUCAAAUGCUGCAACUAAUUAUCGAAUAUUAUUCGUCAUGCUCGAGAAAACAAACUCUAAGUAUGUCGGUCCUAUCGAUAUUGAACCAGACAUAAUAUAUUCGAUACACGAAGACGUGGAUUUGAGCCUGAGAUCACGUACUCUAUAUGAAAAGAUGGCAACCAUUGUUAACUCGACUACAUUUUUGCGAGAAAAUCCAUUCCCUUUUUUUGUUAAUGCAGCUGUACUUCGUCUAUGUGAAGUAUUUCGCGAUGAAUGUAAUGAGUUACGUUCGUGCGUUGUUCGAGUAAUGGAUGAGUGUUCUACUGAACUUAGACUUGUUUUCUCUAACGAUGAAGUGGCAAGGCGUAUUCUUAAAGUAUCACAUUCUAAUGAUCCAUGGGCUCGUUCUCUUACGCUGCAGUUACUUGCCAAAUUAGCUUCUAUUAUGGCAGAAAACAAGCAGGCAAGAUUGCUAAAAAAACAGUCAAGAACGUAUGUUCAUCACUUGAUAGUGAUGAGCAUUGAUUCAGAAGAAGAGCAAGAACGUCUAUCAGCUAUUGUCGCUACGGAAGCAUACGUUGGCGUGUCCAGAUUUUUCUCGCAAAUUAUUUUUGAAAAGCUGUCUGUUACGUUUUUUUCUCCAUUUGUUUCACCAUGUAUGAAGGUUGCAUUGGUUCAUGUAUUUGCUAACAUGCGUGCUGAUGUAGAAACUAUAAUGAAGGUUUUUGCACUGGGAAGGCGGAUACUUAACGAAGCUUAUAACGAGCAGCUGAUGUUAGCUAUGAUAAAAUCACUUACUACAUUGGCCGCCUCUUGUAGAUUUGCUGUUUCUGAAAUGGUCAUUUUAUCAUUGUAUUCGCUAGAGCAAAUUGCGAUAUUUUUAAGUGUUCAUCAAAGUAUUUUGCUAACUUUAUUAAUAGAAAAACUAAAAGUGUCGAAGGAAAAUCGAACCCUUAGUAUUACCAUUUUGCGGAAUAUGAAACGCUUAUCAUCGUCUGCUCAUAUGCUUACGGAGUCCCAUAUCAAUGCAAGUUUUAUUUUGAACUCCUUAAGAAAUUGA